CCCUCCUCCGAUCCUGUCUGCCUGAUCUCCACCACUUGCUCCCUCCGUUCCUUGCGACAUCGACGCAUCUUCCCUUUCUACCUCCCACUACCUAUGAUCUGCCCUCCGUAGACGCAUCCGCUUCCUGUACUGCACGUGUCUAGCAUACUUUCAGUAUACUCGCCCAGGCUCAACCUUUGUCUCCUCGGAACGCCUUGGAAUUAACCGAGCGGUCCAGGCGCAGCCCUACGCGGACUUCCCCUUGCCAAGCGCCAAGCGUUCUCAUCGGAUACCAGCUUCAUUCCUGAUACUGCCUCGGUCUCAUCUCCUAUCGCCGGCCCAUUGCAAGCCUCUGUACCUGUCCCACUCUUCCGUCCCUUUAGAUAAUCUGCUGAACCCUCGAUGAUGAUACCUGGAGGUCAGGGCAGCCUCCAAGGCAUUGGGCGGCCUGCUUCUGGUCAGACGGCUCGCAACGGGCAGAUGGGGCCCGAAAGUAGCCCUGCAGGAUCGGGAGGAAAAUACACUUGCCCCAAUUGCUCAAAGUCCUUUGCAAGAGAUGACCUGCUCAGGCGGCAUUUGGCUAGAGAGGCUAGAGCAAUGGCUCAGCCUCAGGUAGACCGACAAAAGAGUUGUCAGGAAUGCGCUCGGAGCAAGGCAAGGUGUGAUUUGGAGGUACCUUCGUGUGGUCGAUGUCGAAGCCGGAACAAACACUGUACCUACGGAGCUCGUUCGGGCAACCCCAAUGUUAGGAGGCACAGGGAGUCAAUAGCCCCAACGGGCAACAUGGCUGGUAUGAACAUUGCCGGAGGGUCUACGUACGGUGGGGGCUGGGGGAGCGGAGAGAGCUCAUACCAAGGAUCAGAAGGUCCUCCCGACAGCAGACCGCAGAUGGUUUCUACCGAUGACUCCAGUAGCGAGAGCAGCUUUGGCUGGUCCGAUCCAAACACAAGUCAGAACAAUAACAUGUCCGGCAACUCGUACCUUCCACAACGCACCUACAGUACCGCUUCUAUGUCUAGCAUCGCUUCGCAUAACGCAGCGCCUCCCCUACCCCAGCCACAUUCUCAGCAUCCGCAACAUUACGGGCAAUACCAGCUGGACACGAACCCUGCUGUCACCCCCACUACAUACAUGAGGCAUGCUUUGGAGCAAUCGUAUGGCGGAAUGAGUUCCAUGGGAGCGCGGCCCACGGCCAACUUGCUCAUGACGGAUCUCGAUCGGAAUGCGCCCGGGCUCAAGGCGGAAGAAGGAGAAGAGACGCCGGUGGGAAGGCUCAUUGGCUCUUUCGGGGCCGGGUCUGCACCUUUGGAUGCCAGCAGAAACUUUCAAAGGAUGGUCACCUCGCCCGGCGGUGGAAUCUCAGGCGGCCAUCCUGAGAUGUGGAACAACGUCGCCGCUCCUGCGCUACCGAAUCAGCAGCACUAUGUCUCGCAGACCGGUGAAAGAAUGGGACCACCUUCGUUGCCAUUCAGCAACGCACGAAACGUGCCCAACUUGCUCAGUCCCAGUAGAGGACCCGACCGACAACGCCCUCAGCCUCACAAGCUGCUGACGGGAGCCAACAUGCCUCAGCCGCCUCGGCCCGACCUGGGUGGCGCUGGCGCUCAUAUUCUCAGUGGUAGGCCUCUCUUCAGUGCCAUCAUGGACCUCUCCGGAUGGCUGGAAGAGCCAGUCGUGCCCUCGCCCCUCUAUCCCUCUGGACCGAGUCUGGCAAGUCUUGGACUGGGAGCUGUCCCUGGCCUGGCUUCCGCAAUGCCGAACUCCGAUCAGCCAUCGAUGGCGCUGGACUCUCCCAUGGGUGGGUCUUCUGAAGCCGGCAUGCAGCAAGGGCAAAAGGAGCCGCAGCAGCUCCCCCAGCCUUCCACUAUGCCAGCUUCGCGCUACUGGUGGGCCAAUCCUCCCUCUCAGAUGGAUGUUGCCUUGAUGCAGAGUGUGGCUCAGGCCACUGCUACGCACUUGUCCCACUACCCGCAUCUGAUGGUCCUGCCUGACCCCUCGAGUCCCGUUCCGCCAACCGUUCACCGACCUUGGAUGGCUUACGUCAGGGGAGACCUACCAGCGUCGUUGGCGAUCGCUCGCGUGGUCUUGGCUGGGUAUGCAGUCCGACUUCCCGCCAGUGAACACAUCGUCUGGGAGUCGGUAGCUAGGGAGACUCGCCGGUUGAUUCAGAGCCACGAGGCCAUUUGCAAUCACAGCAGCAAUCUGGAUGUGCUAGGUGCAACAGAGGCCCUCUUCCUCUACUGUAUUUUGCUGCUGAUGUGCACUGACCCUGGUGCUAGCCCCUAUGUGGACAUGUCGCUUACCAACACGGCCUUUUUCGCCCUCUCCCAACUGGCGAAGACUCUCUCUGUCCGCUUGCAGAUGGCGCAGCAAGAAAGGGCCAGGCGCAAGUCAAUGGGAGAGGACGGUCCCGAGGAAGGUCAAGGCACACAGCAGCAGCAGAAGCAGCACUGGCUCUCCUGGGGUUUCGAGGAGACGAUGCGUCGUACUCUUUGGGCCUCGUAUGCUAUCCUGGUCCUGCAACGCUUCCGAGACGGAGCUGUUCUCUCCGAAGGUCAUCUCGCCGGUCUGGACCUCAUCCUCGACAUCCAGUUGCCAGCCAUUGCAGCUGAAUUUGAGGCAGCGAGUGAAGAAGAGUGGAGACAAGUCCGCAAGCAGGCCCUCGCCAGUCUGUCCGAGAAGAGCGGAGAGGCCGGCUCUUCAAGUGGGGAAGCUGGUAGCACACCAUCUGGACAAGGAAACAGCAACGGUGGACUUGGAGCAAACGAGGAGAAGCCAAUGACCUUUUCCGACCUCACCUUCCGAGAUCUCAUACGCUAUCGGCCCGUACCCGAGGCCAGGAGGAACAGCAGUGGUGCUGCGAGUGAAGCCGGCGGUGCCGGAACCGGCGCCUCUGGAGCUGGUGCGGGCAACGAUGGGGCCAAGAGAGGCAGCACGGCCUCGAGCACCAGUGGCGGGGCAGGUGCAGGCACGACGACGACUGCUUCUUCCAACAGACCUUCCUCAUCACCCCCUCCACCACCAAAGGCUUUGCUGGAGUACUUUGAGCGACACGACGCCUUUGUCGCAACGGUUCUGUCGAUUGCCUUUUGUCUUGAUUCGGGAUUGAGCGUUUAAGUGUCGUGUCGAUUGCAAAGGAUCUUCGUUGACUGGCAUACAUACUUAGUAAAAGGGGCAGGGUGGGAGAGACAGAGAGAGAGGGGGCAAUGGCUGUGCAAGAGAGGGAGUCGGAAAGAAGGGCCAAGCAAGCUCAAAGCUCCAUCUGUAGCAAUCGUUUAGAUACCAUCGUCGUCACCUUCUUCUCCCAAAAGAUUGCGUCAUCACUAAUUCCUUCUUCAAUUUAUCGACCAA